AUGGUUGAGGAGCAAACUUUGUUUAAUUUGCAAAAUUUUACUUUAAGUUCUGGUGGAAGUAAUGAACAACAUGUGGAUUUUGGUGGAGAAAUAAAAGAUUUUUGUCAAAAGAUUUUUAAGACGUUGAAGGCAAAUGAAAUUGGGUAUAUUCGAGAUUGGGAUUUGGGACUGCAUAUUUUUGAAGACAGCGGCAUCGAUCCUUUCAAAUUAGCUCAGAAGUUUGGAUUCAAUUCUUUUCAAGAGUUUUUACGCUCGGAACACAUGAAAGAAUUUAUUGAGAUUGACAAUUCUGAUGGGGUAACAACCUAUCAUUAUCCGCUAUCUGAAGCUGACAAAAGAACUGCAAUUCAUCGGGAGCAAGCGGCAUCUUUUUUGGAAUUGGAGAGAAAUAGGUAUUUAUUUGUUUAUUGUUUUAAUAUUAGUCCCAAAAAAUCGUCACAGAUAGAUUUUAGAGGAUUUGUUUAA